AUGGCCGAGUCCAAGACUCUCCUUAGGGAGAUUGCAGAGCUUUUCAAUAAAUCAGACCAUGUCGACGUCAAAAUUCGUAUCGGCGAGUUCGAGUUGCCGGCCCACGGCUUGGUCCUAGCGGCUCACAGCCCAUACUUCAAGAAAGCCCUCAAGGGCAACUUCCAAGAAAGCGAGAGCAAGACGUUUCGAUUCCGCGAAGGAAGUGCACAUGCGUACUGGAGAGUCUUCGAGUUUAUGUACACCAACAAUUAUUCCGAAGAAGUCGAAUCGAUCGAAGCGCAAGAUGACGCCGAUGAACUGAUGAAGCACGUGCAAGUCUAUGUCUUGGCAGAUUUCUUCUUGAUGCCAGAACUGAAGAGUUUUGCCGUUGAAAGACUCAAACCAAAGCUUGAAGAGCUUCGGAUCAGGGAUGCUAUCCUUCGAGUCGUUAAGAUAAACCUUGACAGCCUGUGGUCGAAAAAGACAUUUCGUGAUCUCGUGUAUGAAGGAGGUGAUUUUGCAGGCGAUCUUGUCGGACAAUUCGUGAACCGCUCAAAUAGCAAGAUCAGUGUGAAACAGGAUGAGAUUGAAGAAGCCAACUCUUCGUUCUAG